AUGACUACAAAUUUAUCACCUCAGACUAACCAAGACUCUUGUUCAAAGAGUGAAUUGCAACAACCGCCUCCAUUUAAUGCCAUGACCAGCUUUCUAAACACCAACGAAAGUACAUCUGAUGCAUCAGCAGCCCCAACCUCUAUAUUCAGUACACUACCAGCCCACAAGAAAGACAUUUCCAAUGCUCCGCCAGCCUUCUUUGUUGGAAGAUCCAGCGAUACCCUUGAUGUGGAUGAACCUGUAGGACAGACGAGAGAUCAGCGUAAUUUAUCAAUUGGCUAUGGUGAUAGACGGUUGUCUGGUGUUCUCUCAGAGAAACUUGAGGAUACAAAAGCCGAUAGUACUGUAAUGAGAGAUGGGCAAGAAGAAGCAGCAUCUAAAAAACGCAUAUUUUUGGGCACUGCCGAAGCACAACGUGGACUGUUUGGAAAUGGUAUUGUGCCAAAGAGACGUAGAGGAUCUUCUUCAUUGCAGCAUGAUGAAAGCAGAGCAUCCAAAAUUAGCGAGUCUCAAUCAAGGACAGUUCGAGUAUUUGGCUACCCCUCAAAUUUGGUGAACAAUGUCAUUUCUCACUUCAACAGAUACGGUAAAAUCGAGCACUUUGAACAAGCACCUGGUGGAAAUUGGAUCUCGAUCACAUACGAAAAGAACGCCUCUGCAUUAGCAGCUUUGAAGAGUAAUGGAAUCGUUAUAUCAAAGAAUCAGUUAAUAGGCGUGACAUUGGAGGAGACACAUGCGGAUCCUGUUGUGCAAAAUGUUGUUCCAUUGGAGAAGGCGAACGGCGUAUUUAAAACCAAUACAGCUAAUACGAGUUUUGAAAGCGGUUUAGGAAAAGGAAAAGUGGGUGUUAGCGCGAUGGACAAGACUAAUGCAGGAGCCACUUCGUUCUUGAGUUACAUCUCUGAAAAAGUUCAAGAAGUCGUCUUUGGUUGGUAG